UCUAGCUCCUAUUUUAAAUGUAAUAUGGCUGGAAACUUCUGGCAGAGUUCUCAUUGCAAUCAAUGGAUACUUACGCCGCAAGAUCUCACUCGAGAACGAGCAGCUGAUUUUAAAGUUUUAACGGAAGUUGAAUAUAACAAAGUGAUGAUUUUUUAUGCCAAUGUAAUCCAAGCAAUUGGCGAACAAUUAAAGCUACGCCAGCAAGUUAUUGCUACGGCAACUGUCUAUUUCAAAAGGUUUUAUUGCAGACAUCCAUUACGAAGCUGUGACCCACUUCUUUUAGCUCCAACUUGCAUUUUUCUUGCUGCGAAGGUGGAAGAGAGUGGCGUGGUAUCAAAUUCACGGCUUAUUGCUGCAGUCGGAAGUGUCAUCAAAAAUAAAUUUGGCCAUGCGUUUCAAAUGGAUUAUAACUACAGAAUAACCAGUGUUUGGGAAUGUGAAUUUUUUCUCCUGGAAUUAAUGGAUUGUUGUUUAAUUGUGUAUCACCCAUAUCGUCCAUUAUUGCAAUAUGUUUCAGACAUUGGACACGCUGAUUUAUUGUUACCUGUUGCUUGGCGUAUUGUAAACGACACAUAUCGUACGGAUGUCAUAUUGUUAUAUCCACCUUUUCAAAUUGCUCUCGCAUGCCUGCAUAUUGCAUGUGUUAUACAGAGUCAGUUAGAGGUUGCAAGACAAUGGUUUGCAGAUUUAAAUGUUGAUAUGGAAAAAAUUAUUGAAAUUACAAAAAUUAUAUUACAACUUUAUGAUUUGUGGAAAAACUAUAACGAAAAAGAAGAAAUUUCUUCCAUUUUAGAAAAAGUUCCUAAAGCUUGUGUCACACCAAGUGAUUAUAACAGAGAUGAUCGCAUGGCUAUAAAGGGUAAAGGAAAAGGGUAACCUUUAAUUAAACUAAAUUAAAGCUCGGUAUCCGUUUUUCCAACAAUAAGAGAGGUUCAAAUUUUAUAUACGUUGCAAAGUAUGGGUAUAUCUCAACUUCAAACAAGGCCAUGUAUCUGAAACAAAUAGAUGGACACAAGGGAGGGUCAAAGUUUAUCUACGUUGCAAAGUAUAGGCAUGGCUCAACUUCAAAUCAAAGACAUGUAUCUGAAACAAAUAACUGGCCAACUAAUAUCAUACCCGAGUAACCCGACAUAGACUGUUAACCGAACGAGAGCCCUCUUAUCUAAUUUCCUCUCUCCCGGAAUAAAUAUAAAAUCCUAUCCCUUAAUAAUUGAUUGAUAAGUGAAUUAGUAAAUUGAUGUAUUUAAAUUUAGCCAAGUGCAUGAAAAGGAAGAUUUCAAGUAGUCAUUGAUGUAUUCAAUGAUGAUGACUCUCAGUUUCAUGGUAGUCUUUUUUCAAACCACAGGCUAUGUGAUUGUGUCAUUUUGGCUGUUGCUAUUGCAAUUCCCUAUUUUAAGUCCUUACUUUUGGGAUACAGAUCCAAAUGCUUAAUUAAUUAAAUUAAUCGGGUUCCUCAUUUUGUGCAAAUAGCAUGCGUUAAACCAGUCAAAAUGAUUGUUUUGCUAUGUGAACAAAAACAAACUAUUUGCAGGUUGUGAAUUUAUAAUUGCAUAUUAUCUGUACAGUUUGUGCUACUCUGUUUAUGCUUUCUACUUAGUGUUGACUAAACAAUACAUUUUUAUGAUUACUACAUCACAAUAACUUGCCAAAUAUGUAAGGUGCACACUUUAUUUUGAUAAUGCUAAAUUACUUAUAUCCUGAAAUUUUUGCUGGAGAAUUGCCUUAUGGAGGUACAAUAUUUGUAAUGAAAUACAUUUGCACAAUAAUAGGAUUGCAUUGUGCUGCGCCUGUGUGGCAAGUAUAAAAGUAAAAUCACUCUUUCAAUAUUCGAAACACAUUCGAAUAUCAAAGUAUUCGAAUACCUUUUUGGCUGAUUUUCGAAUAACUCUGAAUAGUAGCCACAGUAUCGACUUUUUACUAGGAUGAUUUUUUGUUGCGCAAAAUAUUUAGAUACCAGCAAUUAAAAUGCCUUGCCAUAUUAAUUUAAUUCUGUUUAACACAACCCGUGAUUGCGUCAACUUACGAAAAAAUAAAAGCAUUGCUAUCGUAUAUUAAAAUAUCACGCAAUCUGCGGACAUAAAAUGUCUGGUAAAUAAGCAGGUUGUAGAUAACAGUUACCGUAUUCCAUUGUUUAUUGUAUGCAUUUGAUUCAUGCCAUAAAAUAUGCUUUUUACUUGAAUGUUUUUUCGCAUGUAUUCGAAAUUUCAUAUUCGAAAAUAAUAAUUUUGAAUGUAUUCGAAAUAGUGAACUAUUCGGUAUUGGCCAUCCCUGAUUUGAAGCACUCUUGCUGAUUUUUAUUUCCUUAUCGUAUUGUCUAUCACCCUAUGAAAUUUGAGGGCUACAGGAAAAUUACACCUAGUAUUCCAAAAUAGUAAUAUGAUGGGUAUCACUUACAUUAUAAAAAUUAAUUUAAAAUUGUGACAUCUAUCUGAAUUUUAAAUUUGAAUAAAUCUAGAUGCAAUUUACAAUUUCAAGCAGUACUUGAUAUUUCUAGUAGUACCAGUGUUUUUCAAUGUACAUACUAUCAUGAAAUGCUUUUGUAUUGUUUAGA